GCUAAAUUCGCGCGUCUGCGCAUGCUAGAGCAACAUGGCCGUGCCCAUCUUCGCGAUCCGCGGGUAACCACUGUUGAACGUGCUCGGUGCGAAGGGAAAAUCGCCCUGAUCGAAGACGUGGAUCGCUUUGUCGCAAGCAGAAGCCUCGUGGAGAGCCGAUCGCGUAGAGAUACGCGAAGCAAGUAGGAGCGAACGGCAAGCGUGACGUCACGUUGAUGCGCCUAACCUCUUAGACUCGCAAGUGCCGAUCCGUGUUACGUCGUUUUCGGCUACCCGAUCGAGAGCGUAUCGCACGUAGCGUCGACGAAAGGAGAUAUUCUGCCCGUGCUCGUACGCACGUCCCCCGUGUGUGUUCCAUCGCGCCGAUAACCGAUGUCCGCUGGCAUGUUCCGCACGACGACAACGAGGCCGUUCAACCUACGAUACAUUCUCGCGUUCGACGAACCUUAUGCGCUUUGGAGACAGAAUAAAGUGAAAUAGUGUUUGCUGCGACUGCGUAUGUGAAUUCGAUCGGUUAGAUUAACUUAUUUUUUUAAUAGAUAGUCUAUACUCAUGGUUUUUCUACGUAUAUAUAUUGUAUGUGCACCAAUACGCUCACUGUUUCUCGUUGCCGCGAUUACGAUUUCGCUCAUAGUUUAAACCUAACAAUGCGUCGUAUCACUGUGGAGAGGUUCAACGAUAUUCAAGCUGAUACCAAGCGUAUCAGGAAUAUUUGUAUACUGGCACACGUAGAUCAUGGGAAGACCACUCUGGCGGAUUCUCUCGUCGCGAGUAACGGUAUCAUCUCUCACAAAUUGGCUGGCAAGCUUCGCUAUUUGGACAGUAGGCCGGAUGAACAGAUACGUGGGAUCACAAUGAAAUCCAGCUCCAUAACGCUCUACCAUAUGUACAACGAAACGGAUCAUGUGAUAAAUUUAAUUGACUCCCCAGGGCACGUAGACUUCUCCUCCGAGGUAUCGACAGCCGUCAGGCUCUGUGACGGAGCUCUCAUCAUAGUCGAUGUAGUGGAAGGCGUAUGUCCUCAGACACGUAGCGCCCUAUCUAUAGCGUAUAUCGAAGGUCUGAAGCCUAUUUUAGUACUUAAUAAAAUAGACAGAUUGAUCACGGAAAUGAAAUUGACAUCGUUGGAUGCUUACAUCCGUUUGACGCAAGUCUUGGAGCAGGUAAAUGCUAUUACGGGAGAGCUGUUCGCGAGUGAUAUUAUGGAACGCGAGGACAGAGAGAAGACAGUUACAAGCCGGUCGGACAAGGUGAACGAAAGAGAUUUGGCCGAUUGGCAAUCGAUGUUGGAGGAGGUAGACGACUCGAAUUUAUAUUUCUCCCCGGAGCAAGGAAACGUUUUAUUUACUAGUGCAAUUGAUGGCUGGGGAUUUAGUAUAAAAGAAUUUGCCAAGAUUUAUUCAAAUAAAUUAGGAUUUAGUGAGAGAGUUCUGUGUAAAACGUUAUGGGGAGAUUUUUACCUGAACAACAAAACCAAGAGGAUCAUGAAAGGAGCUCAAGAAAAAGCGAAGAAACCGCUCUUUGUGCAACUUAUUUUAGACAAUAUUUGGCUACUGUACGAGACUGUGGUGAUACGCAAAGACAAGAAUAAGUUGCUGGCCAUGACUGAAAAGUUGAAUGUUAAAUUGUCAACGCGAGACAUGAGACACACGGACCCGAGAGUACAAUUGCAAGCUGUUUACUCGCAGUGGCUUCCCCUAGCACAAAUUUGCCUGGACAUGGUAUGCGAGGAGAUUCCAGCACCACAUAAUUUAACUAGUGAAAAAAUUGAACGGUUGUUAAGUGGAAACGGCGAUUUCUCAGCACUACCUCCUGAGACUCAACAACUCAAAACCACAUUCCUAUCGUGCGAUCCGCGGCAGGCGUCGGUUAUCGUAUUCGUGUCGAAAAUGUUUCCAGUAGAUAGAGACAUGCUGCCUGAGAACAGACUGAAACUAUUGACAGCGGAGGAAUUGUCAGAGAAAAGAGAGAUCGUCCGACAGAGGCAUCGGGAGCGGUUGAUGCAAAAACCCGUAGAGAAUCAAGAAGGGGGUACGUGCAAUACUAGCUAUAAUAACGACGAGGACGCGAAGCAUGAAGAAGAAGAGGUCACUGAUAAAUCGGACAGCAUAUUGGUAGCUUUCGCCAGGAUAUACUCGGGGACUAUAAAGAUCGGCGAUGAGCUGUACGUCCUGGGACCGAAACAUGACCCCGGCGUCGCUCUGGAACGCGAGAGAGCGGGCGAGAGAAUAGAUCCGUCGCUUGUGCUUAAGGACCUGAAACCUGGAAGGCAUGUCACGAAAGUGACGAUAGGAAAAUUGUACACUCUCAUGGGGAGAGAGCUCGUAGCAGUGAACGAAAUACCAGCGGGUAACGUCUUCGGCAUCGGCGGCUUAGAAGAGCACGUACUGAAGACCGCGACUCUUUCCACGACGAUUGCCUGUCCCUCGUUCACGGAGCUGACCUCCCUCGCGGUUCCCAUCUUAAGGGUAGCUCUGGAGCCGACGCAUCCCAACGACUUACCGAAGCUCAUCAGCGGCUUGAAACUGUUGAACCAGGCAGACGCCUGUGCUCUCGUGCACAUGCAAGAGAACGGUGAAAUUAUCCUGAGCACGAUCGGCGAGGUUCACUUGGAGAGGUGCUUGGAAGAUCUUAAAUUGAAGUACGCCAAGAUAGAUAUCAAUGUGUCGGAACCAAUUGUGCCAUUCCGCGAGACUAUAGUGCCACCUCCAAAGCUCGACAUGAUGAACGAAGCGAUUGAGAAGAAGAAGACGGAUCAUGUCAGCCUCGAACUGUGGACGUACAAUCGGCAAUGUCGCUUCGAGAUAGACGCGAAACCUCUUCCGGAGAAUGUGACGAAACUAUUGGAGAAAAACGCAAAGCUAAUAAAAUUGUUAGAUAGUUAUUGUGAUAAAUCUAUAGAAGAGAAUGGAGAGCACGAGAGUCUCUUUUUUGAUGAGAGUCAACCGAACGAAAAAUCCAUAUCCGACAGGAAGCAGAAGAAAAUAAAAAUAUUCAAAAAUGAAUUGGAGGCAGCUUUUCUCGAGGCGGGAUGGAGGGGUAACGUAUUAGAUAAAAUAUGGUCAUUCGGUCCCCGAAAAUGCGGACUCAAUAUCCUGUUGAACGAGACGGAUUACAAACAGAAGAAAUUUUGGGAGCAGCGAAGCACAAACAUCGAUCCCCGUGCUAUAUACGACAGCAACAUAGUCAAUGGAUUCCAGCUUGCUACAUUGGCUGGUCCUUUAUGCGAAGAGCUCAUGAUGGGUGUCUGUUUCAUUUUGAAGAAAUGGGAAAUUUUUGAUUCUUCACACAGCGAUUACAGCAGCAGUCAGGGAAAUUUGAGUGGUCAAUUGAUGUCAGCGUGUAAAGACGGUUGUCGACGGAUUUUUAGUCUACGGCAUGCCCGAUUGAUGACUGCAAUGUACAGCUGCAGCGUUUUAUCCAAUUCGGACGUUCUCGGAAAAUUGUACGCUGUUUUUGGCAAGAGACAAGGCCGCAUCAUAUCCGCGGAAAAUGCUCACGGCUUCGGUGGACAAUUCAGAGUAUUGGCCACUUUACCGGUUCUGGAGAGCUUCCACCUUGCGAGAGAACUGCGUACGCAAACGUCCGGAUUGGCUAGUCCGCAACUAGUUUUUAGUCAUUGGGAGGUAAUCGAACAGGAUCCUUACUGGGUGCCAUCUACGGAAGAGGAAUAUCUUCACUUCGGUGAAAAGGCGGACAGCGAUAAUCGAGCUAAAUGCUAUAUGGAUGCUGUUCGUCGAAGGAAAGGUCUUCCUGUGAGCUCCCAAGUAGUUAUACAUGCGCAAAAACAACGCACUCUGAAAAGAUAAAUUCUUUGUGCGGAGUAUGUUCAGGGACCGGUAUUUAUCCUUAUGAAGUUUCCUUGUCAUAGGGAUCCUUAAGCACUUUAUAUCCAUUUUAAAUUUUCAUUUGUAAGAGAGCAAUUAAAAAUUAAAAAAAAUACCAUUAAAAAUUAAGUAUUUAACUGACACUUAAUUUUCAAACAUUAAAUAUUCAACUGGAUGUCUUGAUUAUUUUACUCAUUUUAUUUACCCCAAUGAAACAUUUCCAAAAACGUUAUUAAACAAUUGUUUCGCAUAAAAAGGAUAUUUGCAUAUGAAAAUCUAUAAUAAUAGCUUUCUAUUUUACAAUAAUUUGAUAUCCAUACAGCAAAGAAGACAUCACAAUAUAAUUAAAGACAGUCCACAAUAAAUGUUAUGUAUGUUAAGUAAACAUUAAAUUUGAACAUCUGCACGUAGGAAAAAA